AUGGUGGACGAGCUGGUCCAAAAUCAUGCCGGAGCCACGUUUGUUUUGGUUUGCAGUGCUGUAUUGUGUAGCCCCACAAGGCGGUUGGAGCAAUUGCGGACGUUUUGCAGGGUGUUGGAGUGGUUCUCGGCUGCAACGCAUGGAACCAUCGUCGCCAUUACAGCUUGUGAAGCUGCUGAUGAAAAGAGUGUCGCGCUUUACGAAGAGCAAUUUCAAUCUGCAGCGCAGGCCUUUCCUGCCGGCGCAUGUGUCGGGCACUUGGCCAAGCUGUGCUGGUGGACAUCGCCUCCUUCCGGCAACUGCAUGCCGCCGCUUACAUCAACUCCAUCUCUGCAGACAACACUGCUGCCUGGCUGGGAAGCGGAAGGCCUUUUGCGCCAGCAUUGCUUCCUGGUUGAUCACCCGCUGCGAUUCGUGCGCAGCCCGGCCACUUCGUUUUGCAGGCUACUGGUCCCGUUGGAAAUGGAGAGGCUUAUUGGGCUACCAGGCCAUUACACAGCACCUUUGUUUAGCAGCUACCACGAUCGUCCACUUGAGGAUUGUGCAGUUGCCCGUAGUGCCUUGUUAUAUCCCAUGCUGCCAAUCCCACUGGCAAAAGCGCUCCUGUCUCGUGUGGAGCCGUUUAUGUCUGCACGAUCCUGGCACCCAAUCCCCAGUAGCUUGCCCGUUCAAGUCGACUGCCGUAUCGACAAACAUUUCCCGGAGCACGCUGCAGUGUAUUGGACGCUGCGCCGUCAGUGCCCUUACAUCCAGGAUGUGUUCCAUCGAGGCUGGCCCACCGACUGCCCCAUGGGCCCGGACGUUAUCGAGCAAAAUGCUCACAGCUCCGCAUCGGUGGCUCUGUUGCUGCAAUCACGCACCCAAACUGCAGCAUCCGGACAGCGUUCUCUCUUGCCGCUUGGAUUGGACCCAGUGCUGCACUUUGAAUGCGGGCAGGUUGUGGAGUCUCCGCUGGCCGUGGAGCCACCCGUCCCAGAUGACCUCGAUUUUGCUUUGCGCAUGUGUUUGCGACUUGGGCGAGGCGCCCGAGCUUGGCGGCGUCGCCAGCUUAACAUUCUCAGAGCAGCGGUCGACAAUGCACGUGGCCUGGCAGACAUGCUGGACCUCGGUCGCUCCAGCACUUCCGUUAGAGUGGCGUCGCACGUUCACUUGGACAGGGUGGAUUUGGCCAGAUUUUCCUUAUGCUGGCCGGAUGUUGGUCUCCUCGAGUUGGCGCAGCGCGGAGCUUGUAUCGUGGGCAACAUCCCUGAAACUCAUAUCUACCGGCCAGCUUGCGUGGAGCCAACAGUGCCUCUGCAGGAGUUCGAACAGUCCCACGGGGCAUUUGUGCAAUCGUUGUUGGCAUCCACACCGCCGCCGCCGGAUCAGGUGCAGAUCAUAUGGGAAAAGUCCGAGGCGGAACGCCAAUCUGGUACAUUGCGCGGUUAUUGGACGGCUGCUGAGAUGGACUCCAGACAUGGUGCAGGCCGUUGGCGCCCCAUGCCACGCUUCGCCGUCUGGCAACAAUCCCAUUCCAAAUGGCGCCUCAUUGAUGAUGCAAAGGCGUCCAGCACUAACCGCACCAUGCAGGCGACCGAGCGCAUUCACACAACAUCUGCAUCCGCAACGUUUGCCGCUGUCCGGAGGCUGCGCUCCCUGCACGGACAUCCCUUGGCAGGUGACUUUGAAGUGCGUGUUAGUACCCAUGACCUGGAGAAGGCGUACAGACAAAUUCCUGUCAUCCCAGAACAUCUUCGAUUUUCGAUUGUUGCCAUCUACCAUCCUGAACGCCGACAGUGGGUUUUCGCAGAGUGUGACGGUUUGGCUUUUGGUCUUUCAGCCGCCGUGUUGGGAUUCAACCGGGUGCCAUCCUUCAUUGUUGCUCUCGCACGCCGCUGGCUGGCUAUACCACUUUUCAGCUUCUUCGACGACUUUAAAGUGUUGGAUGUGGCGUGUAGCUCUGGCUCCGCCACCAGGUCCUUCCUACAACUUUUGGACUGGCUGGGAUAUAGGCGCGACCCAGGUAAGGACCAAAUGCCAUCAGCCGAUGCAAUCUUUCUCGGUGCACGCGAGGUCUACUCUCAUCUGGGUGCGUCUGACUCAAUCUGGCAUCUGCCCAAACCCGGCAGGGAGGAGCAAAUUCGGCAACAAAUUCUUCAAAUCCAACGUCAAGGUCGUCUUUCUGCGUCUUCGGCUAUGUCUUUGCGCGGCAAGCUUCUACAUUUGGCCGAAACAUAUCAAGGCCGCUCCGGUAGGGUCCCGACUCCCCACCUGGACGAAAGGGCGGCAGCGGAUCACACGACUGCGAUGUCGCCGGGCAUUCAGAUGGAACUGGACUUGUACUUGGAAAUGCUGGAGACAUGUCCUUACCGACAAGUGCCUAUGGACCCAUCGGCCCUGCCUCAAAUUUCUCUUUUCACAGAUGCGUCUUUUCAUGUUGAUGCUCAGGGUGUUCCUCGAGCGCGUAUUUGUUUCAUUGUGGCAUGUGCGAGCAGGCAUAUUCGCAGGGGAGCUGUCAUUGACGUUCCUCCGGAGGUUCUGGCCCGCUUCCAGCCUUCCGAAACACUCAUUGCACAGGCAGAAGCCUUGGCGCCGAUGUUGGCAUUGUACUUCGAACCUGACCUCCUACAACAAUGCUUGCUCACGGUUUUCAUUGACAAUAUGGGUGUUCUGUGCAAUUUCGUUCUGGGGUCCUCUAGUUCCCUGGACCUUGGAUGCAUCGUGCACGCGACUGUUCUGCGACUCAUGCGGAGAGGCGUCCGAGCAUGGUGGGAGCACGUCCCCAGCAAAUCUAACAUCGCAGACGGUGGGUCUCGCGUCGGUGCCUCCUGCCCCGUAGCAGCCAAGGCAGGCAUUACACUAGUUUCGAAAGUUUUCCCACGAGAGUGGCCCCAGAAUCACGUGCAGCUAAGCAUGAAGGAGUGGCAGCGCUUUUGGACAUCCCACUGA